AUGGUGAAAGAAACUACUUACUACAUUUUGGGGGUCAAACCCAAUGCCACCCAGGAAGAAUUGAAAAAGGCUUACAGGAAAUUGUCUUUGAAGUACCACCCUGACAAGAAUCCAAAUGAAGGAGAGAAGUUUAAACAGAUUUCUCAAGCUUAUGAAGUGCUCUCUGAUGCGAAGAAAAGGAAAUUAUAUGACAAAGGAGGAGAACAGGCAAUUAAAGAAGGUGGAGAAGGUGGUGGUUUUGGCUCCCCCAUGGAUAUCUUUGAUAUGUUUUUUGGAGGAGGAGGAAGGAUUCAGAGAGAAAGGAGAGGUCAGAUUGUCAAACAUGGAAAUAUCAAGUGUGUGCUGAAUGAAGGCAUGCCAAUUAAUUGUAGACCAUAUGAAAAGGGUUGCCUAAUCAUCAAAUUUAAGGUAAACUUUCCUGAGAAUGGCUUUCUCUCUCCUGAUAAACUCUCUUUGCUGGAAAAACUCCUACCUGAGAGGAAGGAAGUAGAAAAGACUGAUGAAAUGGACCAGGUAAAACUGGUGGACUUUGAUCCAAAUCAGGAAAGAUGGCACCAUUACAAUGGAGAAGUGUAUGAGGAUGAUGAACAUCACCCUAGGGAAGGUGUUCAGUGUCAAACCUCUUAA